AUGUUGAAUUACAACAAAGGACCUCCACCUUCCAUCAGAUUAAAGAAGGACAAACAUCUCCUGGACUCUCUGGGACUGGGCUGCCUAAUCGCAUGCUUCAGCUCCAUGGAGCACAUUAAGACCAAAGGCUCAGAACUCCUGUCCUGGGUCUCUUCUGGUUUGGCAGGGUUCCUCUACAAACAUGAUGCAACUGGAAAGCCCUGCUACUAUCCCACCAACAUUCGAUGCUGGACAGAAUGGUUCGACAGAGACGACCCUUCUGCAACUAGAGACUGGGAAACUCUUUGCAAGCUCUGCAAAGAGAACCCUGGAAAGAUCUGCCCUACACCAGCAGCUAUCGAAGCCAAGACUCUAUCUGGGCUCACUGUGGCUGCAGUGGGGGACGUGAUUUACAAAAAUGACAUAACUUCAGGAUUCAUCUGCAGAAACAAAGACCAGAUCAACAAUAAGAAGUGCAACGAUUAUUGUGUUCGCUUCAGCUGCUAUCCCCCAUUUUGUGGCGGAGGAGUGUGUUGGACCAGCUGGUUUAAUCGCGACAAUCCUGGUGAGACAGGAGACUGGGAGAUUUUAAGUGAAUUGAAAAAACCAAACAAAAUUUGUGACAACCCUCUGUAUGUGGACGCUGUUACCACUGACACGAUGACCCCAGCCAUCUACACAGGGGAGACCUUUUACAUGUACAAUCCAACUGACGGAUUUGUUUGCCGCAAUAAGGACCAGACUACUGGCAAGUGCAGUGACUACAAAGUUCGCUUUAGAUGCCCAUGUAACAACUGAGCCCUGAUUGAGUCCACCACGCUUAGAAUUAUGGGGAGAGAAGAAGUUCCUCUUCAUAUCACUUUAAUUUUCUUGUGCUAUUUCUUUUGUUUAAUAAUUCAUUUUUUACUGGGCGUAAUAUCGGGAAGAAUUUGUAAUGGGCCCCCUUUGCAGACAUCUUCACUUAUCGGCAUUGCAGAAGCACAGGUGUUGCUAAAUUAAAGAUGAUCUUGUUUCACUGAAGCGACCAUGGUGAUGUGAACGACACAAAAGCAGCUAAAAAUGAAGA